UGUCCCCCUGUGUUGUUUUAUGCAAGUUCCCAUCAGUUUAAUAUAUUCAUUUACAUGGACCAUAAUCCAGGCAGAUGUGUGUCAAGUGUACCAAGUGAAUAUUAAUUUGCCAAACUCUACGUAAUGGCUACUUUAUCUGCACUACCUGUUGAGUGCCGUCAUUUUAGGUUCUGGAACACAUUCUGUCGUUGCUGCCACUAGAUGUGUGGAAACAAGCGACUUUGGUUUGCCGUCAGUGGAAUGCUGUAUGUUCCGCCCGAAAAUGUAUGGCAAAUAUUGUCUUGAAAUUGGAGCCCUCUGAACAACAAGCAUCUGAAAUUUGUAGCCAGCUUUCGUCGAGUGAGCGUAAAUACCGACAUAUAAUUUUCCAAGGGUAUGAUGACGACUGCUAUGUGCUUCCCAAAAUUGUGGAACGAUUCAAAUGUAAUCUGGAGAGUUUAUUCAUUAAAGGCUGUUAUGAAUCAAGUUUGCAGCUGAGCAUUGGAUACAUAAAAAGGCUUUUUGAUAGCCUAACAAUGCUGAAAGAGCUGCGCAUUCAAACUAUGAUUGAUUUCGAAGAUGAUAUCGCCGAUGAAAAGAUCGUGCUUCCGGUAAUGCCGCAUUUACGUAUCCUGUAUUUGGAGUAUGAUUCUUUGGAAGCAUCUCGUUUUGACUGGCGUGAAAUUGCUCCAAAUCUAAAACAUUUGUACAUAUCGCAUAACUUAGCUAGCAGCAAUUUUAUAGAUUUGAUGAGUUUCUACGGGCAACAACUGACUAAACUUGGAAUUACUCUGGAAGGUGAAGAAUAUUGCAGUGUUGGGGACGAGAAUGUUAAGUUUCCUCUUGUGCGGCAUUUGAGCGUGAAAUGUUGGUCUAAACUGGGAAUCAAUCCUACUGAACGAUUGUUCAAAUCGUUCACAAACCUGUCUGAGCUUUCACUAGGACAUUACUUGUCAUCAGAACAGUUAUCAUUAAUAGUAAAAUAUCAUCCUUCGUUGCUUACGCUUCGACUGUAUGAUGCAAUGCCCGAAAAUGGACUGCAAAUGAUUUCAAAACUUCCAAACUUGCAGAGGCUGUAUUUAUUCCGAAUAACAUUGAAUCAUGAUGAACUUGCACAAACAGAUUGCUUCCACAAAGUACAGCAACUUUCUCUGAAAUAUGUAGAAGUUGGAGACGCAGAUGUUUUUUUCGCAAAAGUUUGUAUAAAAAUACCGAAUAUCAUCAGCUUAGAAAUAGCUGAAGCUGAGGAGAAACAAAUAUCAGCCGCCUGUAGACAUUUGUGCAAUCUGCAGCAGUUAACUGUACUUUUCGAAAACUAUAUGUCAUCUGAAAUGUUUCGGGAUAUAAGCCAAUUGAAUCGCCUUACUGAAUUAAAAAUAUAUAGCCAUGCACAUAAAUUGGUAUUCAACUGGACUUGGUUCUCACGAUGUCCUAAUAUCCUCAUUUUAGCAAUGAUGACCCAGUUUUCACCAUCAGGAAAGGACACCGAAGAGUGGAAAGCAUUUGCGGACAACUUCCCGUCACUAACAGUAUUUGAAAUUGCCAAAUGCAAACUUCAACCAAUAGCGAUCGAGUAUAUCCAAAACCGGCUCCCCAACUGCGAAAUAAGGCCCGUUUCACAGAAAGGACCAUUUGAAGCUGAUACAUGCGAUGCAACAUUACAGUUUCGUAACGAUGUGUAAAAUGUUCAAGUUUCCUUAAUUAAAAAAGCCGUGCCUUGUACGAAAGAAUGUGUUGUCAAAUGAAAUGAAACGGGCAUACUACAAUGUACAAUUCUGUUAGCAUUCAGUCAGUUUUUUCUCUUGUAAUAAUGUAUUAAAUGAUUGUUUCUAUCUAAAAUCGUGUUUGAUUAGAAAACUAUCAAACAUAAACAAGUUUUAUUCAGUAGUCUUGCGCUAUUCUGAAUUAA